UUCUUCAUUAUUGGGAUUUAUGUUGGUAAGCAGGUGUUGUUUUUUCCUCAUUCGCGGUUUGUGCGGCCAGUGGAGAGGUAAUCGCCGCAGUGCAGCAGUAACAGUGCUGGGGGACAAGCCUCGCUGUAGUCAAAUGUUGUAAACGUGGGAAGUACAUCCCUGGCAGUGUUCAACGUGCAGUUCCCUGUUUUGGCCAAUGCUUGCAGCAUGACCACAGCAGCGUCGGCUCAUCUGUUAGUUCUGGCAAAUGAAAAUGGAGGAGGUUUCAAUGUCCAGCCUGGACAACAGCAAGCUGGAGGGCCUAGCUCAGGAUAUCCUGUCUGACCUGGUGGAGGAUGCAUGCCUUGGACUUUGCUUCGAGGUCCACCGGGCCGUCAAGCAGGGCUAUUUUUUCCUGGAUGACACGGACCAAGAAAGUAUGAGGGACUUCGAAAUUGUGGACCAGCCGGGAUUGGAUGUGUUUGGCCAGGUGUACAACCAGUGGAAAAACAAAGAGUGUGUAUGUCCCAACUGCAGCCGGAGCAUUGCUGCCUCACGUUUUGCCCCACACCUGGAGAAAUGCCUGGGCAUGGGACGCAACAGCAGCCGCAUAGCCAAUCGCAGAAUAGUCACCGGUAAUAACACCAACAACAAGUCGGAGAGUGACCAAGAGGAUAAUGACGACGUAAAUGAUAAUGACUGGUCUUACGGGGCAGAAAAGAAAGCCAAGAAAAGGAAAUCUGAUAAGAAUCCAAACUCACCCAGAAGAUCCAAAUCAUUCAAGCAUAAGAGCAGCAUGAUGGGUCCUAGACGUCGAAUGGACAACCAGGAAAGCCCGCGCAUGCUGAUGAAAGAUGAGGCAUUCCCUCAAUAACACCCUCAGCCACAAACACACAUUCUUUUACCAUAGUGUGUGUACUUACACACAAACGCGCACACACGGGAAGACCAAUAACACUUCACCCCUUUUUGUUGUGAAAUCAAUGGACAUUGAUGUUAAAAGUGACAUUUAUGGUAUUAACUGCUCUGGAGAAGCAGUCCAGACCUCCCACUGUAUACUUGACAGAUUUUUUUCUCUUCACAAAAUCAUCGUACCAACACUCAUUUUUUCUUCGUUGUUUUUUUUUUUUUGUUAACUCUAUGUUGGAAAUAUUUGCUGGAGUCCAUAAUAAUGAAUAUCACCAUUUACGAUUUCACUGCACAGAGAUAGAUUCUGGUGUAAUUCAUUCAGUGGCCAAGCAGAGGCAGCUGUGUGACAUUGACUGUGUGCACAUACAUUAUGUUGUUUCUUAAAAUACAGACAUGAUUAAGCAUUAGGUGUACUUAAUAUUUCCUCACCUUUUGAAAAUCUUUUGAAAAAUAAUGUCACAUUGUGUUUUGGACAAUCAUUACUGAUGGUUUGUCUUUUGUUUCCACAUUCACUGUCAGGCUCAUAGUUCUCCAGCUGAAUUACAAUACAGUUUAUUUGUAUGUGUGUGUGUGUGUGUGUGUGUGUGUGUCUGUCUGUGUGUGUGUAUGAGAGAGAGAAGCAACUCUUGGUUAUCAUUCACCUGUGGAAACCUGUUUUGAAACUGUUCAGUGAGUGAACCCUUAAUUGUACAAGCAGGUAUUUGCUGCAGAAAGCAGGUUUUUUUGUUUCAUUUUUUGUUGGAUAGAUCAGCUUGUUUUCUAGCUUUCAAAAAAUGUCUUUGUAUCAUGUGUUUACAUUGUAAAGGGUUACAUAUAUCCUUGGUGUGAUGUGAUAGUGUAAAUAUUCAAAUAGUUGAAUUGCUGCUAUCAUGGCUCAGUUUGUUUCAUUUGUCUAGCAUUUGAUUUGUUACCUGUCCUUAGGCAUUGACUUAAACUCUGAGCAGGCGCUGCAUAUGGAUUUUAAUGAAUGAAAAAAAGCAACAAGAACCUCAGUAACCUUGCUCCAGUGCUUACAAAUCAUGAUCAUUUAACCAA